CAAACGAAUCAACCAAAUAUCUUUUGACGAGUUCACUGCUUUCUCUUCUCAAUCUACCGACUUCAUCUAUGGCUUUUAAUUUCUGGCCCACCUAACUUCACACUUACAUAUGGAGUUGAGCGUAAAUGAAGUUUAUGGGUUUUAGCUGUUCUGGAUGGCGGUGAAAGUGGUGACGGUAAAAGAAAUACUGAAACCAGCGGAAAAUCUUGCGACCUCCGAUGCUUCAUCUGAUCAGAAGUUCAUCAGCUUGGGUUCUUCCACCACCGAUUUAUGCUCCUCAGGACCAAUUUCCGGUGAUUGAUAUUCAUUAGCAUCGGUGUUGUGUUGGGCGUGUGCAACAGAUGGUAAGGCCGACGGUAACCAAAAACCUUUCAACAACAUGAAGAAACCACCAUAGCCAUUUGUAGUUGAUGCAGUCAUUGAGAUUCCAUUCAAGCUACAUCGUGUUCUCUUCCAGGAUUUUACCGACGUCCUCUGGAAGAUCUCACAUAUAUGCAUGAUGCCAUUAACAAGUACUUUCAGCUUCUCUCUAUCCAACUCGAGAAUCUAAGUUUAAAAUCACAUGGAGCUUAUUAAAGAGAUAUGUACAUCAGACUAAAUGCGGUUUCAGCCCUAAGCUACAAAAGUAGUAAAGUAUGUUUACUUUCUGCUGCUCUUAUGUGAUGUUGGAAAUUACUUAUCAAUUUCAGCCCAAUUCCAUCAUACUAGCAGUUUCACCUGCAGACCAAGAUGUCGCAACAUCUGAUACUAUUAAACUUACCAAAGAGGUGGAUCCAUUGGGUGAAAGGACCUUUGGUGUGUUGACCAAGCUUGACCUCAUAGACAAAGGAACUAAUGCAUUAGAUGUUGGGAAAACUUUAAGUGAUAGGAGAUGGAAGGCUGCAUCACAACAGAUUCCAAGACAUGAACCCGUUAAAGCAUUGGAUUUAGGACACUAUGAUGUUUGCAAAGGACUGAAACUCGCUAUAAUUUUUUCCCAAUUCUUAGAAAGUACUUUAUCGGUUUUUACUUUUGCUGCCUCCAUAAUCCUUUCUUACAACAUUAGACGAAAAGAUGCAAACUCACCCGUUUAUGAAGGUAUACACAAGUUGGCAUAAGAUUUGUAUGAGUCAAAUGACAAUAUUGGCCUUGCCCCUUCACCUCCGCCUCCCCAACGACUUCCAACAAGACACAGACACACACACAAUUUUUUUUUAUAUUAUUAGUCCCAUGGGUUAUUACUUUUACAACUAUGACAUUGACAAGGAAAAAAAAAAUCUAACUUAGUUUCAAUUUUACACAUGUUAGAGAAAAAGAUGAUUGAUAAUUCUUUUUCUUUUCUUUAUAAUUUGUUUACCGGAAAUCUUGGGAAGUAAUGCAAGUACAUUGCUAUUUUCACACAUUCUUUAUUGAUUAUAUUUUAUUAUUACUAAUUAACUUCAUAUGUGUGUGUGAAUGUUGC